AUGGCGGCCAAAAAACAUGAGACGAUCGCACAGAUCCGAGCCGAGAGCAAGGCCUACACGGCAGCUGCCCUGCCGCCGGCCGAAGGCUCUGCAUUCGCUAGACUGUCCCAGAAAAACAACGCGUACUCCAACGGCGCGGUGCACAAAGAUGAGGUCAACAAGGAGUCGACCGCUGAGAAUUCCAGCCUUUCGAUAGUGAAGAGAAUCGUCAAGGUGCCGAACCGCAUCCAAAAGGCCAAGAAGAAGGCCAAGCGUCAGAUCGCACCGGAGCCUCAGCGCUCUCCGGUCAUUCCACCGCCACCAGUCGUUGAAUCCUGGCGAAGAGCCGCCGGUACUAUGACGGAGAGCGAAGGUCUCGCAGCAGUGCCCACUCCCUUCCUCGGAGUCGCACGUGUCCCGACUUGGAUGGAGGAAGACUUCAAGACCGCACUACGCGACAUUCUGGACAAGAUCGGUGGAGCCGAGGAACUCGCCACGGAUGUCCAUGACAGUGGCGGCGAAUUCUACUCGGAGAUCACAGCUCGCUUUGUUGAUGAAGAGGAGGCUGGAAAAGUUCUGGAGAAGAUCAACGGGGCCUUGUGCUUUGGACGGAAGCUUCAGGUCUCAUUUGCGCCGAACUUUUGA